UGCCGUUAAACUGCUUUUUCUUGAACUUGAUGUGUGUAUCUUAACCCAUAAAGCAACAAAACGAUUAUGUUGCUAUGCUAUUGACCAAUCUCCCCAUUAUGAUACUCUUGGUAUGGAUGGAGAGGAUGCAAGAAAUCAAGCAAAAAAGCAAUUUAAAAUGAGUGAAUCGUUCCAUAAAUUUACGUAUGGUCAAGACUUUGCUACAGGAACUUUUGAAAGUAAUAAAGAAGAAAUCUUCGAGUUUAUUAAAAAUUUCUUAGAAAUUAAAAAAGAAGAUAUUCAACCAAAUUUGCUUUAUUUUUUAAACAAUUGCAAGUAUAUUGAUGUUAACUAUAACUCUGGCGAAACGAAAAUGGCAAAUAAAAACUAUCAUUGUAGAAUGGAGUCUUAUUUGCUUUCAUUGACUUUAUUAAUGGCAUCAAAGGAAGAACUUGAAAAGCUGACGGUGGCUCAAAUUCGUGAAAAACUCAAAAGUCGUAAAUUGCCAGCCUCUGGACCAAAAUCUGAGUUGGUUACUCGCCUUUUUGAUUCCUUAAUGGCAGAAGAAAAAUUACUUGAAGAGGGGCCUGGUGGUGAAAGUAUUGACCUUUCUGGCGUUAAUAUGGAUGAGGUUUUGGGAUUGGAUGAUGAAAAGGAUACACACAGUUCUACUACUGCAAAUGAAGAUAUUGAAGAGGGAAAAGAAAAACAACCUGCGAGUUGCGAUAACAGCGAUGAAUCAAUUAAAAAUAAUGAUGAGGAGAAGGGAGCAAAUAAAACUGAUGAGGAUAAAAAGGAGGAAGAAAUUAAGGGAAAACUAAUCACUCGUGAGGAUCAAUCAAAAAGGAAGGGAACAACCGAUGAAGAUGUAAAAAUGUUAAAAUUAGCUGAACGUGUUGGGUUGCCUGUAAAACGACGUGUUUCUGAGUCGGAAUCUGACGAUAUAUUGACUAAAAGAGAAAAGAGAUUUGGAUCUUUUUCGGGAAAUAAGGUUUUCUAUUUUGAUGUUUAA